AUGCGUCUUUUUCGAGGCAGCUGGACUACGCUGCUGGCCAAUAUCUUGAUCCCCGUGGGAAUCCUCACCUUUUCCACUGGGUUCUUCCCCUAUAAACCACUCCUUCCGGGCCUUGCGACAUUUGACGAGGCCGAUCAGGAUGCCCCAUCUGCAGUAUUUGAUAAAGUUGUAUUUAUGGUGGUAGAUGCAUUGCGCAGUCUGAUUCGAGCGGGUGUGGCUUUGCCCUUUACUGCUCAUGCAAGCUCCCCGACAGUCACCAUGCCUCGAUUAAAGGCCAUGACUACCGGCUCCGUUCCGUCAUUCCUGGAUGUGAUCCUCAAUAUCGCCGAGUCAGACACCUCGUCGACUCUCGCUUUCCAGGACACCUGGCUAGCCCAAUUGAAAGCUCGCGGAGAUCAACUCGUCAUGUACGGGGAUGAUACGUGGCUGAAAUUAUUCCCUGGCAUGUUUGGCCGGGCCGAUGGUACCACCAGCUUCUUUGUAUCGGACUUUGUGGAGGUGGACCAGAAUGUAACCCGUCAUGUUCCUACCGAGCUUGCGCAAAGUGACUGGUCAGCUAUGGUCAUGCAUUACUUGGGUUUGGAUCACAUUGGCCACAAGGCAGGACCUAAAAGUUCGUACAUGAUACCCAAACAGCAAGAGAUGGACUCAAUAGUGAAGGAAGUCUAUACCGCAAUCGAGCAACAGCCCCACCUACAGUCUACUUUGUUCGUCCUUUGCGGCGAUCAUGGCAUGAAUGAUGCCGGAAACCAUGGUGGUGCAUCGGCUGGAGAAACUUCCCCAGCCCUGCUUUUUCUCUCUCCUAAAUUCGAGGCUUUGGGGGUUCGCCAAGAAAGCCCCGUUGAGGCCUUUGAUGAUCUCCAGUAUUACCGCACGGUUGAGCAAGCAGAUAUUACACCGACGUUGGCAGGUCUUCUUGGGCUGCCAAUCCCUCUCAACAGCUUGGGCAUUUUUAUUCCCGAGUUCCUGGACAUGUGGGAUUCCAGUAAGUCAAUCCUGUAUCUCGUUGAAAUAUUUCCCCUGCAAUCAUCCGAAGUACAUCGGCUCACUCAGUCAAUAGAGUCCCAGCGGCUUCAAAUGUUAUCCCGUAACGCUCGUCAACUCUUAAAUACCAUCCAAGCUACGUUCCCAGGCUUUACAUUCAACCAAGAGGCCAUUGCUGGAAGCUGUGCAACGGGAGCAGACUCUGGAAUCGAAGGCGCCCAGUGUGCAUGGUCUCAAGUCCUUCAGCUUUCGUCCGAUGAUAUCUCAAAUGAUGAUACCUUCUCCGCCCUGGAAUCAUCUCUGCUACGGUUCUCACGGAUAGCGCAAGAUAUGAUGAGCAGCACCGCCAGUAACUACAAUAUCUUCAGGCUUUGCCUAGGAUUAGUGAUCACUGGCGCUGCGGCAGUUCUCGUCUUUCCCACCACUUAUUAUGAAUGUGCACGGUCGACGUACACUGGCGUGUUCCUCGCAUUCAUGAUUCUUGGCUAUGGGAGUAUGAUGUUCGCGAGCAGUUAUGUGGAGGAAGAGCAACAAUUCUGGUAUUGGAUUUGCUCCGGGUGGAUGUUCUAUCUGCACAUGCGCUCGGAAUCGUCGAGAACAGGCUCGUCAAGGACGACCAGUAUGUUUUCUCUUCGCGGCCGUAAGUUGACUACGCUGGGACUCGCUGUGGCUCAACGAGUUCUUCGGCGUUGGAAUCAGACUGGCCAAAAAUUUGCAGCCGAGCCAGAUAUCGCGCGCACGUUCUUUCCGGCUCACCCCGCCAUCUUUUGGGGUCUAUUCAUGAUCACAUAUGCAGAUGCGGGCUAUCAUCUUCUGCGAAGUCUUCCAUCUGCUGCUGUGCUGAAGCUUGGAGGGUAG